CGGCAGGGUCUUCCCCGCGCCUGGCCGUGCCCGCGCGCGGGCGGCAGCGGAGGAGCGCGCGGGGUCGCGCCGUGACGUGCGCGUGGCGCCAGAUGGCUGAGAGCUGCAAGAAAAAUUCAGGACCAUGAUGGCUCAGUUCCCCACAGCUAUGAAUGGAGGGCCAAAUAUGUGGGCUAUUACAUCUGAAGAACGCACUAAGCAUGACAAACAGUUUGAUAACCUCAAGCCUUCAGGAGGUUACAUAACAGGUGAUCAAGCCCGUACAUUUUUCUUACAAUCAGGUCUGCCGGCCCCAGUUCUAGCUGAAAUAUGGGCCUUGUCAGACCUGAACAAGGACGGGAAGAUGGACCAGCAAGAGUUCUCCAUAGCUAUGAAACUCAUAAAGCUAAAGCUUCAAGGCCAGCAGCUGCCUGUAGUUCUCCCUCCUGUCAUGAAACAACCCCCUAUGUUCUCUCCACUAAUCUCUGCUCGUUUUGGGAUGGGAAGCAUGCCCAACCUGUCCAUUCAUCAGCCAUUGCCUCCAGUUGCACCGAUAACAACACCCUUGUCUUCUGCAACUUCAGGGACCAGUAUUCCUCCCCUCAUGAUGCCUGCUCCCCUAGUGCCUUCUGUUAGUACAUCCUCACUACCAAAUGGAACCGCCAGUCUCAUUCAGCCUUUAUCCAUUCCUUACUCUUCUUCAACAUUGCCUCAUGCAUCAUCUUACAGUCUGAUGAUGGGAGGAUUUGGUGGUGCUAGUAUCCAGAAGGCCCAGUCUCUGAUUGAUCUAGGAUCUAGUAGCUCAACUUCCUCAACUGCUUCCCUCUCAGGGAACUCGCCCAAGACUGGGACCUCAGAGUGGGCAGUUCCACAGCCUUCAAGGUUAAAGUAUCGGCAAAAGUUCAACAGCCUAGACAAAAGCAUGAGUGGAUACCUCUCAGGUUUUCAAGCUAGAAAUGCCCUUCUUCAGUCGAAUCUUUCUCAAACUCAGCUAGCUACUAUUUGGACUCUGGCUGACAUUGAUGGUGAUGGACAGUUGAAAGCUGAAGAGUUCAUCCUGGCGAUGCACCUCACUGACAUGGCCAAAGCUGGACAGCCACUCCCACUGACCUUACCUCCCGAGCUCGUCCCUCCAUCUUUCAGAGGAGGCAAGCAAAUUGAUUCCAUUAAUGGAACUCUGCCUUCAUAUCAGAAAACACAAGAAGAAGAACCUCAGAAGAAAUUGCCAGUUACUUUUGAGGACAAACGGAAAGCCAACUAUGAACGAGGAAACAUGGAACUGGAGAAGCGGCGCCAAGCCCUGAUGGAGCAGCAGCAGAGGGAGGCCGAGCGUAAAGCCCAGAAAGAAAAGGAAGAGUGGGAGCGGAAACAGAGGGAAUUACAGGAACAAGAAUGGAAGAAGCAACUGGAACUGGAAAAGCGCUUGGAGAAACAGAGAGAACUGGAGAGACAGCGGGAGGAAGAGCGGAGAAAAGAGAUAGAAAGACGAGAGGCAGCAAAACAGGAGCUUGAACGACAGCGUCGGUUAGAAUGGGAAAGAAUCCGUCGACAGGAGCUUCUCAAUCAGAAGAAUAGAGAGCAAGAAGAAAUCGUCAGGCUGACCUCUAAAAGGAAGAGUCUCCAUCUUGAGCUGGAAGCAGUGAAUGGAAAACAUCAGCAGAUCUCAGGCAGACUUCAAGAUGUCCGAAUCAGAAAACAAACACAAAAGACUGAGCUAGAAGUUUUGGACAAACAGUGUGACCUGGAGAUUAUGGAAAUCAAACAACUCCAACAGGAACUUCAGGAAUAUCAAAAUAAGCUUAUCUAUCUCGUACCUGAAAAGCAACUAUUAAAUGAAAGAAUUAAAAACAUGCAGCUCAAUAACACACCUGAUUCAGGGAUCAGUUUACUUCAUAAAAAAUCAUUAGAAAAGGAAGAAUUAUGCCAAAGACUUAAAGAACAAUUAGAUGCUCUUGAAAAAGAAACUGCAUCUAAGCUUUCAGAAAUGGAUUCAUUUAACAAUCAACUGAAGUGUGGGAAUAUGGAUGACUCUGUUCUUCAGUGCCUUUUGUCUCUGCUAAGCUGUCUCAACAACCUCUUCCUCUUACUUAAGGAACUAAGAGAAAGCUAUAAUACACAGCAGUUAGCCCUUGAACAGCUUCAUAGAAUCAAACGUGACAAAUUGAAGGAAAUUGAAAGAAAAAAAUUAGAGCAAAUUCAAAAAAAGAAACUAGAAGAUGAGGCUGCAAGGAAAGCAAAGCAAGGAAAAGAAAACUUGUGGAGAGAAAAUAUUAGAAAGGAAGAAGAAGAAAAACAAAAGCGACUUCAAGAAGAAAAAUCACAGGAGAAAACUCAAGAGGAACGAAAAGCUGAAGCAAAACAAAGUAAGGCUACAGAUGUGUAUACUCAAAAGUAGCAAAUAAUGGGAAUUAUCUUUUCAGGUGCGACAGCUGUGGCUUUGGCGAAUUAUAGAGCAUUGUAUCCCUUUGAAGCAAGGAACCAUGAUGAGAUGAGUUUUAAUUCUGGGGAUGUAAUUCAGGUUGAUGAAAAAACUGUAGGAGAGCCUGGUUGGCUUUAUGGUAGCUUUCAGGGAAAGUUUGGCUGGUUUCCGUGCAACUAUGUAGAGAAAAUGCCGUCAAGUGAAAAAGCUCCGUCUCCUAAGAAGGCCUUACUUCCUCCUACAGUGUCUCUCUCUGCUACCUCAACUUCUUCCCAACCACUUUGUUCAAAUCAACCAGCAUCAGUGACGGAUUAUCAAAAUGUAUCUUUCUCAAACCUUACUGUUAACACUUCGUGGCAGCAAAAGUCAGCUUUUACUCGUACUGUGUCCCCUGGAUCUGUGUCCCCCAUUCAUGGACAGGGGCAGGCUGUAGAGAACCUGAAAGCUCAGGCCCUUUGUUCCUGGACGGCAAAGAAAGAGAAUCACUUGAACUUCUCAAAGCACGAUGUCAUCACUGUCCUGGAGCAGCAAGAAAACUGGUGGUUUGGGGAGGUGCAUGGAGGAAGAGGAUGGUUCCCCAAAUCCUACGUCAAGAUCAUUCCUGGGAGUGAAGUCAAGCGAGGAGAACCAGAAGCUUUGUAUGCAGCUGUAAAUAAGAAACCUACCUCCUCAGCCUACCCAGUUGGAGAAGAGUAUAUUGCACUUUAUCCAUACUCAAGUGUAGAGCCUGGAGAUUUGACUUUCACUGAAGGUGAAGAAAUACUGGUGACCCAAAAGGAUGGAGAGUGGUGGACAGGAAGUAUUGGAGAUCGAACUGGAAUCUUCCCAUCCAACUAUGUCAAACCAAAAGAUCAAGAGAAUUUUGGGAAUGCUAGCAAAUCUGGAACAUUAAACAAAAAACCUGAGAUCGCUCAAGUAACUUCGGCAUAUGCUGCUUCCGGUGCUGAGCAGCUCAGCCUUGCACCAGGGCAGCUAAUAUUAAUCUUAAAGAAAAACACAAGUGGGUGGUGGCAAGGAGAGCUACAGGCCAGAGGGAAGAAACGACAGAAAGGAUGGUUUCCUGCCAGCCAUGUCAAGCUACUGGGUCCAAGUAGUGAGAGAACCACGCCUGCCUUUCAUGCUGUCUGUCAAGUGAUCGCUAUGUAUGACUAUAUAGCGAAUAAUGAAGAUGAGCUCAAUUUCUCCAAGGGACAGCUUAUUAAUGUUAUGAACAAAGAUGACCCUGACUGGUGGCAAGGAGAAAUCAAUGGGGUGACCGGUCUCUUUCCUUCAAACUAUGUUAAGAUGACAACAGACUCAGAUCCAAGUCAACAGUGGUGUGCUGAUCUCCAAGCCCUGGACACAAUGCAGCCUGCGGAGAGGAAGAGACAGGGCUACAUCCACGAGCUGAUUCAGACAGAAGAGCGCUACAUGGACGAUCUGCAGCUGGUCAUCGAGGUUUUCCAGAAGCGGAUGGCAGAGUCGGGCUUCCUCACUGAAGCGGAAAUGGGCUUGAUCUUUGUGAACUGGAAAGAGCUCAUCAUGUCCAACACAAAGCUGUUGAAGGCCUUGCGGGUGCGGAAGAAGACCGGGGGUGAGAAGAUGCCAGUUCAGAUGAUCGGGGACAUCCUGGCAGCUGAGCUGUCCCACAUGCAGGCCUACAUCCGGUUCUGUAGCUGUCAGCUUAAUGGGGCAACCCUGUUACAGCAGAAGACAGAUGAGGACGUGGACUUCAAGGAGUUUUUAAAGAAGUUGGCCUCAGAUCCACGGUGCAAGGGCAUGCCCUUGUCCAGCUUCCUGCUGAAGCCUAUGCAGAGGAUCACUCGCUACCCUCUGCUCAUCAGAAGUAUCCUGGAGAACACUCCGCAGAGUCACGUUGACCACUCCUCCCUGAAACUGGCUCUUGAGCGAGCCGAGGAGCUGUGCUCUCAGGUGAACGAGGGCGUCCGGGAGAAGGAGAAUUCCGACCGGCUGGAGUGGAUCCAGACGCACGUGCAGUGCGAGGGCUUGGCAGAGCAACUUAUUUUCAACUCCCUCACCAACUGCCUGGGCCCCCGGAAGCUCCUGCACAGCGGGAAGUUAUAUAAGACCAAAAGCAAUAAGGAGCUGCUCGGGUUCCUCUUCAACGACUUCCUGCUGCUCACGUGCAUGGUCAGGCAGUUCGCAGCUUCCUCCUCCGCCUCUGAGAAGCUCUUCAGCUCCAAAUCCAGUGCUCAGUUCAAAAUGUAUAAAACGCCCAUUUUCCUGAAUGAAGUGUUGGUGAAACUUCCCACAGACCCUUCCAGCGAUGAGCCUGUCUUCCACAUUUCCCACAUCGAUCGGGUGUACACCCUCCGAACAGACAACAUUAACGAGAGGACGGCUUGGGUCCAGAAGAUCAAGGCUGCCUCGGAGCAGUACAUCGACACUGAGAAGAAGAAACGGGAAAAGGCUUAUCAAGCCCGUUCUCAGAAGACUUCAGGUAUCGGGCGUCUGAUGGUGCAUGUCAUCGAAGCUACAGAACUAAAAGCCUGCAAACCAAAUGGAAAGAGUAAUCCGUACUGUGAAGUCAGCAUGGGCUCCCAGAGCUACACCACCAGGACCCUCCAAGACACACUGAAUCCCAAGUGGAACUUCAACUGCCAGUUCUUCAUCAAGGAUCUUUACCAGGACGUCCUGUGUCUCACCAUGUUUGACAGGGACCAGUUUUCUCCAGACGACUUCCUGGGUCGUACUGAAGUUCCAGUGGCAAAAAUUCGAACAGAACAGGAGAGCAAAGGCCCCACGACUCGCCGACUACUGCUGCAUGAAGUCCCCACUGGAGAAGUCUGGGUCCGCUUUGACCUGCAACUUUUUGAACAAAAACCUCUCCUUUGAGGGCCAGGAAGCCAGCACCAGGGGAGCUGCCUGCAAGGCUGUGUCUAAAGACUGAGAAACUGUGCUCUCCUGGGCCGGGAGCAUCACAUGGCUUCAUCCAUCACAAAGCCACACAUGCUGGGCCUCUGUUGUAUUGCACACUAAGUUGCUAGCAGUCUAUGCAAAAUGAUCUUUUAAACAAAUGCCACAGCACAGUGCCUUGUACUAGUGCUAACAUGUUCAGCUGUGUUAGAUGCCAGGGUUUCCAUUUUCAGGGCUAUAAAAGUAUUAUGUGGAAAUGCGGCAUCAGACCACCACAUGUUACCACUCGGCAAAUGUGUCCUCUGUGGAGUUGGUGAUGUUGGAGCCAUUCCACACCAUGUGACCUCUGCUGGGUCACAGCACUCAGGAGGUGAAGGGCUGGGGUGAAGUGCUGCAGCCUUGGGGCUUGUGCAGCCUGAUACUUAAAUAGCAUCCACUUCUGCACUGAAUAAACAGAAACUUGAUCGUUUUAUUGAUUAGAUUUUAUCAUUCUCUGCUAAGACAAUAUAGUUUGAAAUAUAAGGAGGAAAGCUUGAUGUACUUUAAAUAUACUGUGAACUCUAAUAAUGUGGGAAUAUUUUUCAACUUUAAUUUUCUGAAGUAUAAAUUAUUUAUGUAAAUCCCUUGUUUUGCAUAUUUCAUAGAACAUACAUCUCUAAGCUUUAUCAUUGCCAACAUGUACAUAAAGAGAAUAAAGGUAUAAGUUUAUGACUGUAA